UCACGGCGCCCAGAGCGAGGCUGGGGUAGGGAGGCCGACUUAGCUGGAAUCGUCCGCUGGUCGUGGAGGCUGCUAGGGAGCCGGCGAGGGGGAGAGCAGGCGAGCAGACGAGCUAGUUAGAGCAGGCAGGAGGGAGUGUUGUGCGGCGCAGAGUAGCGCCGGGGCCGGGCCGCGAAGGAACCUACAACCGGAGAGGGGCAACCCGAGCCGGGCGCCGCGGGUCCCCACCCCCACUCGGCCGGACAGUGCCCGGUGUUCCCCCGUGCGGGGGGCGGCGGCGGCGGCGGCUGACUGGACCCGACAGCACCGCGGGGGUGUUGCCACCUCCACCGAGGAGCCGGCGCGGCCGCGGGCUCCUCAGAGCCGGGGCCCAAGGCCCGUGACAGACGGGCCGAGGAAGGAAGGGAGGAGGCGGCGGCGGCGCAGGCGACGGGGAGGCAGCGGCGACACCAUGUCAUCCCCCAGUCCGGGCAAGAGGCGGAUGGACACGGACGUGGUCAAACUCAUUGAGAGUAAACACGAGGUCACCAUCCUGGGAGGACUCAAUGAAUUCGUAGUGAAGUUUUAUGGACCACAAGGAACACCAUAUGAAGGUGGAGUAUGGAAAGUUAGAGUGGAUCUUCCUGAUAAAUACCCUUUCAAAUCUCCAUCUAUAGGAUUCAUGAAUAAAAUUUUCCAUCCCAACAUUGAUGAAGCGUCAGGAACUGUGUGUCUAGAUGUAAUUAAUCAAACUUGGACGGCUCUCUAUGAUCUUACCAAUAUAUUUGAGUCCUUCCUGCCCCAGUUGUUGGCCUAUCCCAAUCCCAUAGAUCCUCUCAAUGGUGACGCUGCAGCCAUGUACCUCCACCGACCAGAAGAGUAUAAGCAGAAGAUUAAAGAGUAUAUCCAGAAGUACGCGACGGAGGAGGCGCUGAAAGAGCAGGAAGAGGGCACCGGUGACAGCUCGUCGGAGAGUUCUAUGUCUGACUUUUCGGAAGAUGAGGCCCAGGAUAUGGAGUUGUAGUAGCAAAAGCACCUGCUUUUCAGAAAGACUAUUAUUUCCUAACCAUGAGAAGCAGACUAUAAUAUUCAUAUUUAAACAAAGCAAUUUUUUUUAUUACUAAACAAGGUUUUUAUGAAUAAUAGCAUUGAUAUAUAUAUAUUAUAUAUCACCCUUUAGAUCUUGAUUUCUUGGUCAUUUCUCAACCUGAGGUGCAUAGCAUAUCCCCACAUUCCAUUUUGGUAGCAAUAUGCGGUCCGAAUGCAUGCAUUCACGAGUCCAUUUGGCCAAGUCAGCCUGUGUGCUACUGAACUGUCAAAAGAAAUGGCCGCUCUGAUAGAUAGACAUGAGUAAAAAUAACAGGAAAAAGUUGCUUCUUUUAUUGAUGGUUCCAAAGAAACAAACCAAACCAACCAGCUCUUGGAUGUGAAGAUAGAAUAGUGCUUUUUCAAAAUGGAAAGGAAAAACUGGGGAGGAGCGGCCUGCUGUGGGGGCCUUCAGCGCCAGUCAUGCCGGAGCCGGCGCGCCUCCCUGUGACUCCUAGGUGGCCCCAUUUCUGUGGAGUAACCGUGUAAACAGGGAGCUCAUUGGAGUAAUGAAACCUGAAACAAUUUUUGCCUCAGAUUUUGAGUACAUUUUUAUAGAUAGAUUCCUGCCCUUCUGGCCACACGGCCCUGCAGCCACGAGUGUGUUGCUUUGGAGAACCUUUGGAAAGUUUUCUGAACCUGAUUCUUUCUCCUGGGGUAGAGCUUGUAAUCCAGACCUUUUUUUCGAGGACAGGACAGGAAGAGAAGAGUGACCAAGAAGACGUUUCCUCUCGCCCAGCACGUGCAGAGUCACAUCCUUGUCCUGUUGGUGGCCACCUGCGAGACCACUGCCCUGGACCGAGAGCUUUAAAUCUGAGGGUGGUUGUGGGUUAUUUUUGUUUGAGGGGUUUGGUUUUUUUGGUGUGUGUGUGAAUUGUGCUUAGACAGGUUGCAAAUUUAAUACUCACCUACCAAGAGAUGGCCGCCUCCUCCUCGGACAGCCGGUCAGCGGGCCAUUAGACUCGGGAAGAAGACCCCGUCUGGUGGCUGUGACUCCUGGGCACGCUCACUCACGUCUUGGUUUUGGUUUUCCUUCUGCCGCUGCUCUUGGCAGCGGCCUGGUCAUCAUCUGCUUGCUGGGGUGGGAAGUGGGUAUUUUAGACCCAGCACCUUCUGAAUUUCAAAUGAGUAAUCACUGGAACAAAUAAAGGUUCUUGUACCCAAAGUGACUCUACGUGGGGAAAACCAACCCGGCUUUUCUCAGAGUGUGACCAAAUAGAGAAAAGGAUUCAGAAAUAAGGUGUAGUAAAACAGGUUGUAAAGGAAGAAGGUCUUCUCUUCUGUGUGUGUUAAGAGGAAAUCAGACAGUUUGAAAUGCCUGCUAAUGAAAUGUUCACUUAGCUCACCACACGUCCCGGUUGCUGGCGAGGGCCCUGCAGACGCGCGCUGCUGCUGAGUCGCGAGAGCCCUGGGUGGCGCCUCCGCCUUCUGUCCCGCCGCCGUGCAGCCCGUGGGGCAGGAGCGGAAUCAGCCAAUCCUACAACCUUCUCGAGACAGUUUUGGAAUGUCCCACUGGGAUAAUUUAAGGUUUCUUUCUGAUGUGUGUUUUUAGUUUAGAAGUGCUAUAUAUUCCACAAGAUUUGAGUCAAUGAGGUUGGAAAAUACCCUUUUUUUAUUCAAAAAGCACAAUCCUUUGAAAAUCUAUAUAAAGUACAAUUUGCUUUUAGCAUGAUUAUUUUCCUAAAUAAAAAAAAGACAAAUAAUUCACUUAUUUUAUGUUGAUAACGGGCAUGAAGCAAAAGGUUUUCUUUCAAAAAACAUUGCGAGUGCAGUUGCGUAGGGCUGUGGUUAGUUCCGUGCUGAGUUGCCUGGCGUCCGUGGCUCGUCGGAAGGGUAGUGUUGACCGUGUAACGUGUGAUGGUGUGCUUACCUCUUAUCUAGCACGUUGUCUUCUCACUGUUGGGGGAGGGGUCGCUGCUGGCACUGACUUGCUCACCUGCUGAAGUAGCAGUUUGCUUGUGGUGUAACCUUCAUUGUAGGUGCAACGUAGGGUAGGCUUACAGUGCUGGGUGGUGAUUGGAGUUCAGACAAUAAAAAAUUGCAUUUUUUCAA